AUGGUGCUACAAGCUCCAGAUCUUCUUAAAAUAGUACCCGUUAUGGUGAUUUGGGAAUCACACCAUCAUCUCCAUCUUAACCUCCACGUAAUAGACCCGCUUUGGAGCUGGCCACUUCCUCCUCCAUACAGCAUGCUAAAGCUGACAAAUGUGCCAUCAUUUACAAACGGUGGUCACUACCACCGUCUUCCGGAGCUGUCUGUUACUCAGAUGUCCUCCAGCAAACUUCAGAUGAUGAAUCAAGAAAGAAGAAAGAUGACCACUUUCUUUGCAUGA